CGAACGUCGUGCGGCGUCUGCGCCGUGACGUCAUGACACCACGCUGUCCUGGAUGCAUGCAGAUGUCAUAGCAGUGGCCAGUAACGUCCAGGUGUGCCCCCUCAGCUCCGUGUACCUCAGGCGUUACAAGUUGCAGCGAAAUCCUAUUUUUCAUCCUAUGGAUCACUGAAUAAGAAAGAGAUGGUUUUACCUCGUCUCACAGGAGCGCUGCGCUCCUUUUCAAAUGUCACCAGACAAGAUGAUUACAGGGGAGACUCGACAGACUUGAUGAACAAAAGAUCGAAGUUGCGUGAGCAAGUUUUGGAGUCUGACCUUACUUGGAAGAAAAUAACUCAAUUUGUCACUGGCAUUGUGGACAAGGAGCAUGAAGCAAUAAACGAGGGCCUAAAAGAAAUAUUACAGGCUGCAAAACAGAUCGUUGGAACGGACCAUGGACAAGAAGCAAUCGAAAGUGGAGCUGUGUUCCUUUUCAAGACUUUCUAUGAUAAGGAUUUUGUCAGCCAAGAAGCAACCAAAGCUAUCAAACAGAUGUUUGGCCCGUUUCCAUCGACAUGUGCAACCGCAGCUUGUGAUGCCACCUAUAAAAUUGUAUCGUUAUUGUCUGAUGAACAGCUAAAGAAACUUGCACUGAUGUUUCAGCAAGACACAGUUGAAGAAACAGUGUCUUUUGGGAGGAAUGUGAAAUUCUCUCUCGAAAUGUAUGAACUAGAGGAGACUGAAGACCUACCAUUAAAUGGUGAAUUGGAGAUGAAUGAUCACAUCAGCUUGAGCUUCUCAAAACUUGGCCCCAAAGACUGCUUUCUAGACACAUCCAAACCAAAUCAAAAAGUCGGCAACAGCGACGAUGAUGGCUAUUUUCUCUAUGAUGAAGUAGAAAAAUAUGUCUUCCAGAGUUUAGAGACUUCUGUUGGAGGUCCUACGGUUGAAGACUUGUGCAGCACUAUAUUCGAGAUGUUGGCCUCCUCCAAGAGCAACGAUGCGCUUCAGAAUGAGCUAUUUGAAUUACUUGGACCUGAAGGUAUUUCAGUCAUAGAAGUUCUCCUGCAGCAGAGGCAGAAAAUCGUGGCUAAGUCCAUUAAUUGGCAAAAUGAGAACGGGCAGUAUAAUUUGCAAGAAUACCGCAAAAGAAAUGCCCCGGAUAGUGCAAAGCCCAAUUACGGGUGUCAAGUCACUGUCCAGUCUGAGCAGGAAAAGCAGCUCAUGAAGCAGUAUCGACGAGAAGAAAAGCGCAUUGCCAGACGAGAAAAACGAGUAGGCGAGGAUGGGGAGAUUUCUGGUGAAGGACUAAUAGGCUUUGAUCCGAAGGAACUGCGGAUGCAAAGAGAGCAUGCCCUUAUAAAUGCACGGAAUACUCCAGUUUUGGGUAGGGAAAGAGACUACGGUGAAAGAGUUGUGUAUCCGCAUGUUUAUGACUCCUAUGCUGAAGCCUUGAAAGCGUCUGCGUUUGUUGGUGGAGCAAAGCUGCUUCUGCCAGAAGGUAUUCAAAGAGAAAACAACAAAAUGUAUGAAGAAGUUAAGAUCCCUGCGACUGAACCAAUGCCUAUUGGUCUGGAGGAGAAGCCAAUCUACAUCAAAGACUUGGAUGAGAUUGGACAGCUUGUCUUCAAGGGUGUGAAGCGACUGAACCGCAUCCAGUCCAUAGUUUUUGAAACGGCUUAUAAUACAAAUGAAAACAUGCUUAUCUGUGCACCAACUGGAGCCGGCAAAACUAACAUUGCCAUGCUAACGGUCAUGCAUGUAAUUCGACAAAAUAUUCAGCAAGGUGUCAUUAAAAAGGAUGAUUUUAAGAUUGUGUAUGUAGCUCCUAUGAAGGCCCUGGCAGCUGAGAUGACAAAUUACUUCAGCAAGCGUCUAGAGCCACUGGGUAUCGCCGUGAAAGAGCUGACUGGUGAUAUGCAGUUGUCAAAAGGUGAAAUUUUACGCACCCAGAUGCUUGUGACUACCCCGGAGAAAUGGGAUGUUGUCACCAGAAAGAGUGUCGGAGAUGUGGCACUGUCUCAGCUUGUGAGGCUCUUGAUAUUGGAUGAAGUACAUUUACUGCAUGAAGACAGAGGUCCAGUGUUGGAAAGUUUAGUGGCAAGGACGUUGCGACAGGUGGAAUCAACGCAGAGUAUGAUUCGAAUCUUGGGCCUUUCAGCUACUUUGCCCAACUACUUAGAUGUUGCUACAUUUCUUCAUGUCAAUCCUUAUAUUGGCCUUUUCUACUUUGAUGGGCGAUUCAGACCUGUUCCACUUGGACAAACUUUUAUUGGAAUAAAGUCGACCAACAAGACACAGCAACUUCAUGAUACGGAAGAAGUCUGUUAUGAGAAUGUUCUUAAAGAAAUCAGGGCUGGUCGACAGGUAAUGGUCUUUGUUCAUGCCAGAAAUUCCACAGUGCGGACAGCAAUGGCCUUGAGGGAGCUAGCAAAAAACAAUGGCCACAUUUUAUAUUUUUUGCCAAACCAAGAUUCCGAUUAUGGUCACGCUGAAAAACAGGUGCAAAGGUCUAGAAAUAAGCAGCUAAGAGAGUUGUUUCCAGAUGGAUUUAGUAUUCAUCAUGCAGGCAUGCUGCGGCAAGAUAGGAGUAUGGUGGAGAACCUCUUUUCUCAGGGACAUAUCAAAGUCCUGGUUUGUACAGCCACAUUAGCCUGGGGUGUCAAUCUCCCGGCUCACGCUGUUAUCAUUAAGGGGACACAGAUAUAUGAUGCCAAACGAGGUUCAUUUGUGGAUCUGGGAAUUCUAGAUGUUAUGCAGAUCUUUGGACGAGCUGGACGGCCACAGUUUGAUAAAUUUGGAGAAGGCACCAUCAUUACAACCCAUGAUAAACUCAGCCAUUACCUGACACUGCUUACACAGCAAAAUCCGAUUGAAAGUCAGUUUCUUGAAAGCCUAGGAGACAAUUUGAAUGCAGAGAUCGCCCUCGGAACAGUAACCAAUGUGGAGGAAGCAGUGAAGUGGCUGAGUUACACUUACCUUUUUGUACGGAUGAGAGCAAACCCAUUAGUAUACGGCAUUAGUCAUAAGAUGUUUCAGAUGGAUCCCUUAUUGGAGAAACACCGAGAACAACUGGUAAUAGAAGUGGGACGGAAACUUGACAAAGCUCGUAUGAUUCGCUUUGAAGAGAGGACUGGAUUCUUUUCCUCUACGGACAUGGGAAGAACUUCCAGCCACUUUUACAUUAAAUAUAAUACGAUUGAGACUUUCAAUGAAUUAUUUGAUGCUCACAAAACUGAAGGGGAUAUCUUUUCUAUUGUCUCUAAAGCUGAAGAAUUUGAGCAGAUCAAGGUACGUGAUGAAGAGAGUGAAGAAUUGGAGCACUUAAUUGAUAAUUAUUGUGAACUGCCUGUUGCCGGUGGAGUGGAAAAUGGCUAUGGAAAAGUAAAUAUUCUUCUUCAGACAUAUAUUGGGCGUGGAGAAAUUGACAAUUUUUCCCUCAUCUCCGAUUCAGCAUAUGUUGCACAGAAUGCUGCACGAAUCGUAAGAGCUCUUUUCGAGAUAGCCCUCAGAAAAAGGUGGCCAGCUAUGACUUACAGACUCCUAAACCUUAGCAAAGUCAUCGACAAGCGUCUCUGGGGCUGGGCUAGCCCUCUUAGGCAAUUCUCUAUUCUUCACCCUAGUGUGUUAACAAAGCUGGAAGAUAAGAAACUGACUAUUGAUAAACUGAAGGAUAUGAGGAAAGAUGAGAUUGGUCACAUGUUGCAUCAUGUGAACAUUGGGCUAAAGGUGAAACAGUGCGUCCAUCAAAUUCCAUCCAUUACAAUGGAAGCCACCAUCCAACCCAUUACCCGCACAGUUCUAAGAGUUCGAUUAAGUAUCAAUCCAGACUUUAAGUGGAAUGAUCAGGUGCAUGGAUCUGUUGGAGAACCUUGGUGGAUUUGGGUUGAAGAUCCCACUAAUGACCAUAUUUAUCAUUCGGAAUAUUUUCUUCUUCAAAAGAAACAGGUGGUCAUAAAAGAAGAGCAAUUUCUUGUGUUUACGAUUCCCAUCUUUGAACCUUUACCCUCCCAAUACUACAUCAGAGCCGUUUCUGAUCGAUGGCUAGGAGCUGAAGCUGUGUGCAUAAUAAAUUUCCAACAUCUAAUUUUGCCGGAGAGGCACCCUCCACACACAGAAUUGCUGGAUUUGCAACCUUUGCCCACCACUGCCUUGGGUCAUAGAGAAUAUGAAGCCCUUUAUAAGUUUACACAUUUCAACCCAGUUCAGACUCAGAUCUUUCAUACUCUCUAUCACACGGACACAAACGUUCUCCUCGGGGCCCCAACAGGCUCUGGUAAAACAGUAGCUGCCGAGUUGGCCAUCUUCAGAGUCUUCAACAAGUAUCCAACAUCCAAGGCAGUCUAUAUAGCUCCACUGAAGGCUCUAGUCCGUGAAAGAAUGGAGGACUGGAAAGUGAGGAUUGAAGAAAAACUUGGCAAAAAAGUGGUUGAGCUGACAGGAGAUGUCACUCCUGAUAUGAGAGCCAUAGCAGAAGCUGACCUCAUUGUCACUACCCCUGAAAAGUGGGACGGUGUCAGCAGGAGUUGGCAAAACAGGAGUUACGUGCAGAAGGUUUCCAUUUUAAUCAUUGAUGAAAUCCAUUUGCUUGGGGAUGAGAGAGGACCAGUACUGGAAGUCAUUGUGUCUCGGACCAACUUUAUUUCCUCACAUACAGAGAAGACGGUGCGAGUUGUUGGUUUAUCAACUGCUUUAGCAAAUGCCAGAGAUCUUGCAGAUUGGUUGGGCAUUGGUCAGAUGGGUCUGUUUAACUUUCGUCCAUCUGUGCGACCAGUACCGUUAGAGGUCCACAUUCAGGGCUUUCCUGGACAACAUUAUUGCCCUCGUAUGGCUAGCAUGAACAAACCUUCAUUUCAAGCUAUAAGAAGUCACUCCCCGGCAAAGCCUGUACUCAUCUUUGUGUCGUCCAGACGGCAAACCCGCCUCACCGCUAUAGAUUUGAUUGCAUUCCUCGCGACUGAAAAUGACCCAAAACAGUGGCUGAAUAUGGAUGAACGGGAGAUGGAUGACAUCAUUGCCACCGUGAGGGAUUCUAACUUGAAGCUCACACUUGCGUUUGGAAUUGGAAUGCAUCAUGCCGGCUUACAUGAAAGGGAUCGUAAGACAGUGGAGGAGCUGUUUGUUAACUGCAAAGUCCAGGUUCUUAUUGCUACCAGUACAUUGGCAUGGGGUGUUAAUUUCCCUGCUCAUCUGGUUAUUGUGAAGGGAACUGAAUUCUAUGAUGGGAAAACAAGAAGAUACGUGGAUUAUCCUAUCACAGAUGUACUGCAGAUGAUGGGCCGAGCUGGAAGACCUCAGUUUGAUGACCAAGGCAAAGCUGUGAUCCUAGUUCAUGACCUAAAGAAAGAUUUCUACAAGAAGUUCCUUUAUGAACCGUUCCCUGUUGAAUCUAGUUUGCUGGAGGUCCUGUCUGACCAUUUAAAUGCAGAGAUUGCAGCUGGAACCAUUACGUCAAAACAGGAUGCAAUGGAUUAUAUCACGUGGACCUAUUUCUUCCGCCGUCUUUUGAUGAAUCCAAGCUACUACAAUUUGGAAGAUGUUGGACAUGAAUCAAUGAAUAAAUUCCUUUCAAAUCUUGUGGAGAAAUCCCUCACUGAGCUGGAAUGUUCAUACUGCAUAGAGAUUGCUGAGGACAAUCGUACGAUUGAGCCUCAAACCUAUGGACGGAUUGCUUCAUAUUAUUAUUUGAAACACCAAACGAUUCGGAUGUUCCGGGACAGACUAAAGCCUGAAUGUUCUGUUGAAGACUUACUUUCAGUUUUGACAGAUGCUGAAGAAUACACUGAUCUCCCGGUCAGGCACAAUGAAGACCAAAUGAACAGUGAGCUGGCAAAACACCUUCCUAUUGAACUGAACCCCCAUUCCAUGGACAGUGCACACACCAAAACACAUCUGCUGUUGCAAGCCCAUUUCAGUAGGGCCACAUUACCUUGUCCUGAUUAUGGCACUGACACCAAAACAGUUCUGGAUCAAGCCAUAAGAGUGUGUCAGGCAAUGCUGGAUGUUGCAGCUCAUCAUGGCUGGCUUGUCACUGUCCUAAACAUCACAAAUCUAGUGCAAAUGGUAGUCCAAGCUCGAUGGAUACAUGACUCCUGUUUACUCACUGUGCCCAAUAUUGAGAAACAUCAUCUUUAUCUCUUCAGAAAAUUGAAGUCAGGAAGAAGUCUUAGUAAUUCUGCAGACAUUACUGGACCUAUUGAGUGUCUUCCAGAGCUGGUGGCUGCAUGUGGAGGCAAAGAAGAAAUCUUCUUUUCAUUUGUAGAAAGGGAGCUCUCAGCUGCACAUGUGUCACAGGCAUGGAGCUUUGUGUCAAAUCUUCCAAUGAUUGACGUCCAGAUGACCAUUAAAGGAUGGUGGGAGGAUCCAGUUAAAGCAUACAAUGAACUCUCCGUACCGGUCAUUUUUCCAGGCGCACAGGAGAAAAAAUGGAUUGCAUUACAUGCUGAUCAGGAAUAUGUGCUGCAAGUGAAUCUGCACAGGAUCCGGACAGGAUACAGAAAGGGAAAGCAAGACAGUAAAGCAAUUGCUCCCAGAUUCUCGAAAGCAAAGGAUGAGGGAUGGUUUUUAAUCCUGGGAGAGGUGGACAAGAAGGAGCUUGUAGCACUUAAGAGAGUGGGCUAUGUAAGAAACAGAAGCACGGUGUCCAUUGCGUUUUACACUCCAGAGAACACUGGAAGGUGCAUCUACACACUGUAUCUCAUGAGUGACAGCUACCUGGGCAUGGACCAACAAUAUGACUUGUAUCUCAACAUUAUUCCAGCCAGUGUGUCUGCCCAAGUGAAUACUGAGGUCUCUACAUCUCUGAGUGACCUUGUCUUGAAGUAACCCGACCUUUACAACUCUACCAGGGGAACUUUCUUUGUAAAAACAGCUGUUAAGUCAUUCUGAACUGUAAAGGAAUUGCCUUAUGUUUCCCGGAGAGGAGUCAAGUUUCCAUCACAACACGCUUGUACAUUUAACUGGGUGCACUGGAAAUUCAGAGCCACAUUGGCCUUAUUUCAAGUUGCCUUUUGUGUGAUUACCAUUGAUUCUUGAUUUAAUUGCACUGUUCAAUGUAAAGUGUUAAAAAAAAAAAAAAAAAACAUAAUACUACAUAGGAAUUGGAUGAGAAACAAUAAAUAGUACGAUUUACUGUGUAGGAAUGAAUAAAAACCUUUACGAAGUAUCCAAAAUGUCUGAGCAUUCAGAAUUACCCUAGGCCAGUGAUGGCUAACCUCCAGCACUCCAGCUGUGGUGAAACUACGACUCCCAGCAUUCUCCAUUCAUUUCUAUGGAGUUCUGAGAACAGCCAAGAAAGUUUAAAUCUUGGGAGUUGUAGUUUUACCUCAGCUGGAGUGCCAGAGAAAUAAACAUCACAGCCCUAGACUCUGUUCACAUUAGUGUAAGUCUCCCGUUCACCAAAUUGUUGUUGCAGGGAUAGCAUUGCUUGCAACACUAUGGAAAAAAAUUUUUUUUACUCAUUAAAAGUCAGUGGGAUUUGCCAGGAUUCAUUAACAUCUGUUUCAAAAUGGUUCUGACACAGUCGUCAAAGCACCGAUAUGAACCUCUAGUGUGAACAGAGCCCUAUGCAGGUAACAUCAAUCAGACAUUCCUGUUAAUGUUUACAUUGGAGAUAUGUGUACCAAUUUACUGAGGAAUUUGCACUACUUGACGGAGAUAAGACUGCAGUGUUUGGUGUCUAUAUUAGGACCCAGCAUUCUCCUGGGCCUUGUAUGUUCACAACACCUGCCAAAACAUGAACUACAAGACCAUGCGCUUCAUGGUGCCUCAAUGUUUACUGUAGGUAGUGGUGUGUAAAAACUAUCAUUCGCCAAAUACACUUUACAAUCGAUUCUAUAGACAGUUGUAACUGUGACCACUUUAACUGUAAUUUACCACAGUGAAGACUUUGCCAAUGAUCUUUUUUCCCUUCUACAUAGGAAACAUAAUACACAUUUAGUGUGACCAUUGAUGAGCCUUAUCUUUGCCAGUUGCCACUGUCCAUCAAAUAUAAUUUAAUUAAAGACUUAAAGGUUUUGUCUCAUCCUUGGCAUAUGGCACCAAUGUCUGAUAGCUGUGUGUCCCACCUCUGGGACCCGCAUCUAUCCUUAGAACGGAGCACCAAGCAUACGCGAUCUCCCUCCAUUUAUUUGUAUGGGAGUGCAGAAAAUUUCCGUUAGCCCCAUAGAAGUAAAUUACCCUAGGCCAUUGGCUGCAUUUUCAUGGUGCGCUUCCCAUUCACUUCAAUGAGACCUCCAAAAAUAGCUAAGCCCGCCACUCUGCUAUUUUUGACACUCCCAUAGAAAUAAAUGUGGAAGGUGGCCACUCAUGCACGAUUUGCCCUCCUUCACUUUGCAGGCUCUGUUCUAAGGAUAGGUGCACAUUGGUGGCAUAUCCUAGUGAUGUGCCCCCAAUGUCCAAUAUGAGACAACCCCUUUAAGUAAAGUGUCAGUACACUUCUAUUGUAAGAGCUGAUUCAUAUUGGUCUUUUGUGCACAGCCAUUUGUUCUCUGAAUUAGUUUAACACAACUGAUCACAAAGCUCUAAAAUCUGGUCACCUUUUCACCAGCCAUAAGUUGGACAGAGAAACAGUGAUGGCCAGUUCGCAGUGUUCGCCAGCCUUCUCGACUCACCUGUCCAGCGAUGCACAGGUAAGCCCUUACCUGUGCCUGUGUCGGGA